AUAUUGAUGAGUAAUCUAUUUCUUCUUGUCUUCCAUAGGGCAUGCUAUGGUGUUUUGAGAUUUGUUAUGGACAAUGGAGCCAAGGGUUGCGAGGUUAUUGUCAGCGGGAAGUUGAGAGCUCAGCGUGCUAAAUCCAUGAAGUUCAAAGAUGGCUAUAUGAUUUCUUCUGGUCAACCUGUGAAGGAAUACAUCGACUAUGCAGUUAGACACGUUCUCCUUAGACAGGGAGUGCUUGGAAUCAAGGUGAAGAUCAUGCUCGACUGGGAUCCCAAAGGAAAGCAAGGUCCAACAACUCCUCUUCCAGAUCUGGUCACAAUUCAUCCUCCAAAGGAAGAAGAGUACAUCAGGCCAGCUGUGCUACCAACUGAAGUCGAGAUUGAAGUAUAGAGCAUCUAUACCUAUAUCAGGUUCUACUUAAGUAUCUUGAAAUGCUUGUUUACUUUGAUAAGUGAGUGAUAUAAGACGUGUUUGACCAAUUUCGGAUUUAUAUCAGCAAGUUUUGUUGUGCUUUUUGUAGAAUGAUGUUUUUGCUUUCACUUUUUAAGGAAUUUGGAUCAUGUUUACUUUUCGGUGUACAAGUUUGAUCAAUUUUAUCAAAUGUGCUUUGCUGUUC